AAGUAUUAACUCUGUGCGUAUACGUGCACACAGUCAGCAUACGGCGGGAUCGUGAUAGUUUUGUUAUAGUCCGUUAUAGUUUCUAUGAUGCGUGUGGAACCAGGCUGGAUCCCUGUUUGUUUGGUGUUCAUUAUCAAAGUUGUCCACUCUCUCAGAAUUGUGUCUCUAGAUAUUCCUCGAAACGUUGAAAUUGGCCAAAAGGUGGAGCUCAUGUGCUACUACGACUUAGGAGAAGACCAGCUCUACUCAAUCAAAUGGUAUCGAGAUAACAUAGAAUUUUUCCGUUACAUGCCGGGAGACAGACCUCAUCUCCACUACUUUCCAAUAGAGGGGAUUAAAGUUGAUUUAAGGAAGUCAAGCAAGAAUUCUGUGUAUCUUUACGACGUUGGAGCUCUGACCGAGGGAAAAUUCAGCUGUGAGGUCUCCGGUGACACUCCCGGUUUUAGAACGGUUUCAGCAUCCAAACGGAUGACCGUCGGAGGUACCAAUAAUGAAUCAAGUGCUACUUUCCAGCUUUCUAGCAUCAUUUACGUUGUUUCAAGCUGCUUAGUUCUUCUUCCUCUUCAUCUGCAGUAUCUAUAAAAACUAUGGAGAAAAAAUCGGCAAAGUUAUUUACACAAAGUUUGUUCAAAAUAUGUAAAAAUAUUGAGAAAAUCACUUCGAGUUCGUUAGAUGCUCGUCAGGUUAGAACUUAGAGAACCCGGUUAAACAAACAAACUGACUUUAUAAAGUAGUUAGGUAAUGUCGGUUACUGAAGUUGUAAUAAAAAUAUAUAUUUUUUAAUUUUGGCUCUAAGUAAACUGUUUAUUGUCUCGCACUUGUUAAAAAUCCAUAAACAGUUUCGGGUUUCACUUGUUUCAGCAUGCCUUAUAAAUACAUAAACAGUUUCAGGUUUCACUUGUUUCAGCAUGCCUUAUAAAUACAUAAACAGUUUCAGGUUUCUAUUGUUUCAGCAUGCCUUAUAAAUACAUAAGCAGUUUCGGGUUUCACUUGUUUCAGCAUGCCUUAUAAAUACAUAAAAAGUUUCAGGUUUCACUUGUUUCAGCAUGCCUUAUAAAUACAUAAACAGUUGUUUCACACAAGUUUAACAGUUCUAUGUUCUCACAAAUUGAACAAAACUAUAAUUUUCUACUUCUUACGUAUUUACAACGCUAAUAAAAACAAACAGGAUUUUAUUUGACAAAAUGUUGAGAAACAGUAAAAAUAAACGUGUUUCUCUCAAGUUGCAAUAAUCAUAUCAGAACAAACAACAAAAUCCUUUUUUGCAAAUCAAGAACUGAGUGAAAAUUUCAUACGAUUUCAGCAAUUAUAAUAUUUUUGUCCGAUCCCAGUUUGAAAGAUAAUUUUAAUCAAUAUUCCAAACUGUUAAAAUAAAUGGUUUCUAACGGCUAACAAUAAACAAAAUUAGCUAGUUGCCUUAGAAUAUCACACAUCAGCAAAUAAUCUGUCUAUAGAUUCUGGGAGUGUUAAACCGCAGAAGUAUUUCGACAUUCGUCCGAGAGAUCGUAGCAAGAGUAAGGCAGGUGAUAUCUAAUCAGUGCCGGAUUAACGCAAAGAAUGACGGGCUGCAGCUUCAGGGUCACCGUUGACUUAAUCCACCCUGUACCCAAGUGAUUUAAUCCAAAAAAACAUACGUCUUAAAUUAAUUACAUGCUAUUUCACUUUUUUGCUAACAGAUGGCAGUGCAUACACACACACACACAAAUCCCAUCAUGAAGAUUAUAUUAUCUAGGAUUUUAAGCAAAAUUUGUAUUUCGACAUGGAAUAAAUUUUGUGUGCGAGCUUUCUAUGAUAAAAGGCCUAAAAGUUUGAUUACUGUGUAUUUUCUUGUUAAUUAUAUUAACGACACUGUAAAAAUGUCUCUAAUAAAGUAUAUUUGUAGCCAUUUUGAUUAAA